AUGGAUUCCGUCUCCGAGCUCGCCUGCAUCUACUCCGCCCACAUCCUGCAUGACGACGAGGACGAGGUGAUGGUCACGGAGGAUAAGAUCAAUGCCCUCAUUAAAGCAGCUGGUGUCAGCGUUGAACCUUUCUGGCCUGGCUUGUUUGCCAAGGCUCUGGCCAAUGUUAACAUUGGUAGCCUCAUCUGCAAUGUAGGGGCUGUUGGGCCCGCUCCAUCCACUGCUGCCGCCCCAGCUGAGGAGAAGAAAGUGGAAGCGAAGAAGGAAGAGUCCGAGGAAUCCGUAGAUGACAUGGGCUUUGAUCUUUUUGACUGA